AUGUCCAGCAAAACCAGCGACACCAGCGAGGCCAGCAACCAGCAGGCACAAGUCAUUAUGGCUUACCUUCUGGACAACGUUGCUAAGUUCAGCGACAAGAUCGUCACCAACGAGGUGCUCAUCCAGCAAAAGAACGAAGCGCUGGAACAGCUUCUGCUGGAAGCCUAUCACGAGGGACAGAUUAAGCUGCUCGUGUUGAUGCUGUUUUCCAUCAUCUGGUGGAAGACCAAAUGCGAAGAGGACCUCAAGGAGGUACCCCUCGCCGUCGCGAGGGACUUUCUCAAGGCGGAACACGACGCUUAUGUAAUGGAGGAGCUGGCCGACGCGGAUCAGCAGGUGUACUUCAACAGGGAGAUGAUGGCCGACGAGCUGAAGGAAGUGAAAGCCGAGAGGAAGAUGUUGGCCGACGGGAAGAAACGACUUCGAGCGGACCGGGUGCACUUUAUGGUGGAAAAGAAGACUGUCCGGGCCAGAGAGUACAUGCAGGCUUUUGUUCAGCAGGAUUCUGUUCCAGUUCUAGAGCAGCAAGAGCAGAGUACUUUCGCUCGUCGACAGGAAGGAAGCUUUGGAGAACCCCACACCCAGAAAGGAAACAUCGAGAACGCCUCUACUUCCACAUCGACUUCGACUGCUAUCAGUGGCGAGCAGACCAUCUCCGGCGCCAAACUCAACGAUCCAAUCACCCAGCAACUGGAAGCCAUGAGUCUUUCCGACCACGAGCAGAAUGCUUCUGCUUCAACUUUCGCCACUAGCGGCAAAGAGACUCCCUCUGACACCAAUCUCGACAAAACCUUCACCGCCGCAACUGAAGCAUCCUCGGCUCUGGCGGUUCCUCGUCCGGCCACAGCCAACAUCUCAUCCCUUGAAGCUAUGAUUCGUGAGGCUCUGCGCCUCGUCAGGGCCCCCAUGCCACCACAAGGCACCACAGGAACCCAUCGCUGA